AGAAAAGGUUCCAGCUAGCUAGAAACAACAUAGGGAUGUAACAUUUUCUAGUGCGUCGGUUGUUUUCGCGUUUUUAAUAAAUAUAAUUGCGCGAGGAGACAUUUUUAUCAUAUAUUGUUCUGAAAUAUUCCUUUGCAUGAGUCGACAUGGCGACGUGCAUUCCCUUUCAAACCCAGCUAUCCUCUAUAAUGGAGGUUUUGGUUAAAGCAGCAGUGACAGAGAUAUCCAAACUAGUCGAUGACAAAUGUGCGUUUUUGCAUCUCGAAAUAUCCCGAAAGCAAAGCGAGAAUGAGAUGCUGAAAAGGAAAUUACUAAUGAUGGAGAACAAAAAUGCACAGCUGCAGCGCGGCUUUGAAAACUACAUGGACAGAGGAACUGAUGUGGGGAACUGUCCGCUUCCUACAGGAGAUAUUAAGUUUCCUGAUAUUGACGACGCCACUGUUUCGUUCACAAUAAAAGAAGAGAGUCCAGAUGAGAUGCUGUGGAUCAGUGAUUCUGCUGGACCGAUCGGUUCUGCUGUACAUUACCGCACAGGUAAUGCGCCAGAGAGUCAACAGUUUGAAGAGGACCCUCCGCUAAACCAUUCCGAGAUCGCCACAAGAAAAUCAUCCGAGUUCGGUGACUUGUAUAACUCUGGUCAGCACGCGGGAGACAUCGGCAGCCCUCAGUUCACCGUCAAGACCGAGAAGGAGGAGGACCGCUCACGAUUCAGCCAGGAUGGAUGCCAGCACGGCGCGGGGAAGCACGCUCAACUGGCUACCGACUUUUCCGCGGACGAACGAGAGAAUCAGCUCUGGACGUCCAUAAUCGAAGGGAAUGACAUCGAUGCCGGCUUCCCUGACUUUUCCAGCGUGGUAGAGGAGUAUUCCAACACGUUCCCGGACCAUUCGGACGUUCACGUGGUUUCUAACGCCGCCAAGUCUGCCGGCGUGCAGCAGUUGUCCUCUCAGAGGCCGUGCAACGGGAUCUACAGCACUGAGUAUCAGAAGGAUGUCCCACAGUUGUCCAAUUUUCAACCCAGAGCUCAGGCUGGCCUGCUGCAGCCGGACAGGCAGAAGGAACAAGCGUACUCGCAGCGAAACCCCUCGCAUGUUGGACACGCGAGGCAGCCGGACGAACACACCGAGAGGGAGGGUGCGGCUGGAGAGAGACCGGCCGUCAGUCACUCGCACAACACUUUGACAACGGGCCGCUUCAAAGCGCUCUCGGGCACGUCGCGAGGCUACUCCUGCUCGCACUGCGGCAAGACGUUCGGCCGCCUGCACCAGUUCAAGCUGCACCAGCAGAGCCACAAGAGGAAGCGGGCGUUCUGGUGCACGGUGUGCGGGAAGAGCUUCCAGUGUUCGUCCCACCUCAGCAUACACCACCGGACGCACACGGGCGAGAAGCCGUACGGCUGCGGGCAGUGCGGGAAGCGGUUCACACAGCAGAGUAGCCUGAGGGUCCACCAGCGCACGCACAGCGGGGAGCGGCCCUACAGCUGCUCGCUGUGCGGGAAAAGCUUCAUCCUGAUGCACCAUCUGAAACGCCACAGAAUCAUUCACACGUACAGCUGAGAGGGAAAGACGUCUACGGCGAACUUGCUCAGGUGAAAAAGAUAAAAAAGUGACCCCUUCAAGAACACACAAAAAAAAAA